AUGUCCCAACGCACGGAAGUCCGUCCCUUCCUCUCCGAACACGAUUUCCAAAUCGCGAAAAGAGCCUUCCCCGAAGACCAGACCAACUUUCGCCGGGAAAUUGAAGAUGCGGUUUGUCAAACUCGCCAAUUCUUGGCUGGGUUGAUUGAACAUCGUCUUAAGAUUCCAGGCUAUGAGGGUGAGCUUGAUGACAGGGACGAGGACUGGGCCACAAGAUUCAUUUACGGCUAUAAGCAUGUCUUCGCCAUGCUCGAGGUCUGUGGCACAUUUGACUCUCUCCACGACUCGAACCUGCCUGAGCGGAUGACCUUAGAGACAGCUUACCUGGCACAGCUUAUGAAGGCUAGGGUCGCAGUGAUUGUGGCAUUUGUUCAUGAAAAUGAUAUAGCUCAGGACCCCGCGGCCGCAAUCUUCUUGGACGAUGAAAUGAAGUUAUUGGAUGUCCGACGCCCCUCGAUUAUCCCUCACGAGGUCUGGCAGGUCAUGAUAAAGGAAGCCAACAAAGACAGUCCUUUUCACUGCAAUGAUCACAAUGAAGUCAUCACAGACUGCAAGAGAGAUAUUGAGGGAAGUCUGCGAGAUGUCUUCAAGUAUCCCAACUCGCCUAUUAUGGAGAACGACUGGGCGCUCAACUCCCUGCAAAGCUACCAAGAAGUGAUGGCGAGGUUUUACGAACUGGGUAGGCUUGGCCCAAAUGAUGAUCUUUCCAUCCAGCCAUGUCAGGUCCCGCUGGUCGUCAUGGGCUUUCAUGUGAAUCUGAUUUCAUCAUUGAUAGCCUGCACAAUAGUUGGCAACGACCCAAUGGCGAGCAAUGAGAUGAUCUCGGACAAUGUAGAAAGGUCCCAUCCGCUGUAUGGCCGGUAUUUGCCAGGCGAGUUCACCAUAAGGAGGCUUACCAAGCUGCAGAGGACUUUCCAGGAGCUGCUUGGUAGCCUGGUCCGAUAUGAGUACUUUUUGAGGCAACAAGUCGCUUAA